AUGACAAACUUAGAAAACAUCUGUGGCAAGUUUAACUCCUCAAUAGAGAAUAUGAAACUUAUAGUUUGCAAUGAACUUCAAAGUAUAGAUACAACAAAAGUUUUGAACUCAGAUGCUUUGAAGAGUCUUAUAACAGACAAAGUUGGAGUUGUUGAAAGAAAGUAUAAAGACCAAAGAGUUUGUGAAAAUGUUGCAAACUUCAUUAUGGUUUCAAACAAUGUUGUUCCGAUGAAGUUAGAAAGUUCUGACAGAAGAUAUGUAGUUGUCAGAACGUCAGAUUCUCAUAUGCAAGAUACAGAAUAUUUUGACGACUUAGCAGAAACUUUGACAUCUGACUUUUACAACCACUUGUUCUCAUAUUUCAUGACAUUAGAUAUUUCUAAGUUCAAUCCAAGACAAAUUCCACAUACAGAAGAGAGACAAACAUUGUUAGAAGCAAACAAGAGUGUAUAUGAACUGUUCAUAGAUGAAACUGACUUUGUGUCAUUAGAUGAAAGGUCAUUGUACGAUUCGUAUAAACAAUAUUGUCAAGAAUAUGGUUAUAUGGCAGCUUCUAAACGAACAUUCUUGGCAAAUGUCAAAAGUCUUUUAGAUGUUCAGAAUGGUGUAUAUACAAAGAAAAUUUUUUCUGAGUAA